CAAAAGAAGCUGACGCUAGUGAGUGUUGGAAUUGGUAGCGGUGGUUUUUCAAAGGUACCAGGUGUUUUAGUGGUUGAUAUUGUUCGCGAGUGUCAUUGCCAAGAGUCAGCCGACGCGAAAGCAUCGGCAAGCUCCAAGAUUCGGGCUCCGUGCGGCUUUAGAGUCGCGGCGACGUCGGCUGGUGCCGCGUACGGCCUCGACGUUGCUAUUAAGGUGGAUCGCCCGGGCAGCACGACGACGCUCAACUUCACGGACCUGGGGAGCCCAUUCGGGGCGGGCGACCCCUGUCCGUCGAGCACCCCGACCCCGAACAGUAUGUCGGGGGGACCGGCCUCGGGAGCGGGCGCCGGGGGUGGAUCCGCUGGGGGAGGAAACUCCGACAUGGACCAGCAUCUCCACCACGGAGGACUCGGCUCGGUGACUCCUGGCCCGCCGGGAAACGGCGGAGACAGCGCCUCUAGUACCCCUGUGUCUCAGUCCGGGAAAAGCGCCUUCAUUGAGCUCCAACACAACAAUCUUUACAACCCCGCGAGUUUGAGGGGAGGCUAUCCCGGAGGCCACAAUGUCUCCGCGGGACACCAGUUCUCGCAUCAGGUGGGCUCUUUGGGCCAUCAGAGCUCCGGACCCGGGAGUGGAAAUCAGCAGCACUCUGAUGCAGGGUUUCCUAGUCCCAGGUCCGCACUAGCUGGGUACCCUUUUGCGCCAAUGCACCAACACAAUGCGUACGGAUAUCAUCUCAGUUCUUAUGCUCCGCAAUGCCCCUCACCGCCCAAGGACGACCUCUCACCUUUGGGUGACAAGGGAGGAAGCCUGGUGGACGAGCUGGGAGGAGGAGGCGGCGGCUCCCUGAGAAACGGCAAGGGCAAGAAAAUGCGUAAGCCCAGGACGAUCUACAGCAGCCUGCAGCUUCAGCAGCUGAAUAGGCGGUUCCAGAGGACGCAGUACCUCGCACUACCUGAGCGAGCGGAGCUCGCAGCCAGCCUGGGGUUGACGCAGACACAGUUCGGUAAUAGUUUAUACGGCUCACUCCCGGACCGGAUAAUUUCAUUAGCUCCCUGGAUUAUUUAA